AACUAGACUAUAUUAUACACAUCCUCUUUCUCGUCAUCCGCAUUCGUCAGGUACUUUGCUUGAAAGUCGAAAGUUUUUCUGAUUAAAUAAGAUGGCAGCUGCUUCAUUACUCAGGCAACAGUCGGCUGCAUGGCUUCGGCUUUCGAAAGUCGCUUCUAAAAAUGUGAGUUUAAUCUCCACGCCGUACGUGUGCAGAAACACAACGACACAAGGACAGCAACACAAUGAUGUCAACCUGAGCUUCCGGUCCCUGUUGCACUCGUCCGCUGCGCUUUUUGACGACUCUACUGCGGGUGGCGGCGGUGGGUCGGGCAAGGGCACUGGGACUACUAAUAUGCAGUGCGAACACUGUAAAACAAGGGCGGUUGUUGCUAUCGCCGAAUCAGGUAAAAUCUUUCAGUGUCUAAAUUGCAACAAGUUGUUUAAACUGGAUGGCGUUGAAGGCGACAUUCCCAACGUUGGCGAUACCUCGGACUCAGAUGAAGCCAAGCCGUCACUGGGUGACUUGAGAAGUCCCAAGAAGAUCCGCGAGCAUCUGGGCGAGUAUGUUAUAGGACAGGACCACGCCAAGAAGGUUCUCUCCGUUGCGGUGUACAAUCAUUUCAAACGUGUCAGAGGCAAUUUGGAAGGAAGGAAGGCUACCCCACCCCCGGCCGAAGGUACCAAGGGCACUGUGCUGAAGGUAGGCGACAGGAGUUUCCUCACGCCAGAUGACCACAACGGAUACAAAUGGGAAGCUAAAGAGAUAUUUGAGAACGAGAAGGAGGCUGAAAUCGCUAACGGAGAGUCAGGCUCAACCGGCAGUGCUCCAUCCCCGACGAUUUCUUCGAAGGCACAGCUGACGUUUGAUAAGAGCAAUAUCCUUCUCUUUGGUCCCACUGGUUCUGGAAAGACACUUCUGGCGCGCACCCUUGCAGAGUUCCUGGAUGUGCCGUUCGCCAUGUGUGACUGUACCGUUUUGACUCAGGCCGGAUAUGUUGGAGAGGAUAUCGAAAGUGUGAUUUUCAAACUUUUGAAGGAAGCUGACUUCAAUGUCGAGAAAGCACAGAGAGGUAUCGUAUACCUGGAUGAAAUCGACAAAAUCGGACGAACGUCAUCGGGGUCAAGUGUUACUAGAGAUGUCAGUGGCGAGGGUGUGCAGCAAGGUCUACUUAAAAUGCUUGAAGGAACCGUUGUUAGCGUACCUGAAAAGGGCGGUCGUAAGAACCCGAGGGGAGAAUUCAUACAAGUUGAUACAUCAAAUAUUUUGUUCAUGGGAAGUGGAGCUUUUCCUGGUCUCGACAAGAUAGUGCAGGAGAGGAAAAAGGUCACCGGCAUCGGAUUUGGCGCCACUGUGCAUCGCCCUAGCAACUCGAGCAUGACCGAUGACAAGGCUAUGAAGGAGGCUCAGCCCGAGGAUCUGGUGAGCUUCGGAUUGAUCCCAGAAUUUGUCGGCCGUUUCCCUGUGCACGUUGGCUUGGACACGCUCAGUGUGUCGGAGCUAGUCAGAGUCCUGACAGAGCCCAAGAAUGCAGCUGUAGCGCAGUAUCACGCUUUGUUCGAGAUGGACGGGAUACAAUUGCUCUUCACGGAUGAUGCUCUGAAAGCUAUUGCCACCGAGGCAUACGAGAAACGAACAGGCGCGAGAGCACUGAAGUCUACCAUGGAGCGAUUGCUGUUAGAAUCAAUGUUCGAGGCUCCAGGAUCAAACAUCACAGCUGUUCUGAUUGACGCAGAGUGUGUCGAGGGGAAGAAAGGUCCUACACUAUUCGCCGGUUCAGAGAUUGUUGAUGUGUACAGCGAGAGAAUACCCCCUACCGACGAGCCUGUAGUAGAGAACGAUUAAUUGUCAGAGGAAUAUUAAUAUGAUCAAUUGUUUAUGAAAUAUGAGUCCAGCAGAAUUGGAAGCUUCGAAUCUGAAUGUCGAAUGGAACAACGUUUACAUAGGAUAGGUUUGCCAUGAAGAACAACCUCCACAAUGAAGUUUUAUCAUUGGGAGUAUAUAAAUAAAGUUUAAUUGUCACUGGUAGCAUAUGUGAAUUCAUGGAA